AUGCGCGUCAUCCCCAAGCCCCCGAGAUUUACCUGGAAAGAUGCAACGGCACAGAAAAAAGAAUCCCAGAAGAGGACUUGUAUCGAUACACCCGACAUCGGAUGGCUAUUCAACGAAGAAAAUGAACUUGCAAAACGCUAUAUGCUUGCUAACCCCGCUCAAGGCACUAGAAUUACCAAAUGUGUGGAAGGCCUGCACAAUAAAGCCUUCAUCUUGAAAAUGGACAACGGGUCCGAAGUCUUCGCGAAACUCCCAAACCCCAACGCCGGACCUGCGCAUUUCUCCGUUGCCUCGGAGGUCGCCACUCGUGAACUGCUUCGUGAUGUCUUCGAUAUUCCUAGUCCUCGGGUCUUGUCUUGGUCUUCUGAUGCAACAAACAAUUCAGUCAAGGCCGAGUAUAUCAUUGAGGAAAAGACCCCUGGUCUACGACUUGGCUCGCUCUGGAAUAAAUGGCCUCGGGAGCUGAAACUACGACUAAUCAAUCAAGUGGUUGAUAUGGAGAACGAACUGGCCAACGUUGGCUUUGACAAGCAGGGUUGCAUUUACUUCAAGGAAGACUUGCGAUCACUUGUCGGAGAAGCCGAAGACAUCCAUGCGCACAAUGUUGAUUGUGAUCGAUUUUCUGUUAGGCCGUUGACCACGAACGAGCUGUGGAGUGGAACUAGCAUGAGCAUGAAGCUGGAUCGUGGCCCUUGGAAAGACGCGCCUGAAUACACUCGCGCAAUCGGCCAGAAUGAAAUGGCGUGGAUCAAGGCACAUACUGUUCCUCGAAUGAACUUUACCAGCCGAACCAGAACAGAGAGCUUCCUGAAGAUGCAUCCGGACCUUCGCCUAAAUAAUAUCUUCGUGGAUCCAGAUACUUCUCUGAUCACCCGUAUCACCUAUUCGCGAGGGCUAGGUCAUUACCGAACGACCGGCGGAUUUAAGAGCCUGAGUGAAGACGAGCAGAAAAAUAUUGACGACGAUCUAGAAAGCGAAACCAUACACAAAUACUACGAGGCGCAGGCUGUGCUCCAACAACCGGCAAUUCCUAUCCUUCGGACACCUGCUUGGAUUACCGAGCUUCAUUCCAAGGAAGAGGAAAACAUCAACGGAGUUGGGCAAAUGUUGUUGAUGUUUCGGGAGCAAAGUGUACUCCCUGUAGAUGGGAUAGUUGCACCUGAAGACUACGAAGUGGCCUUGGCGAACGAACGCAAGUUCAAAGAGAUCUUCAUCGGGCUAGCGAAGGAUGAAGAAGAAAAGAGCUGUUUAAGAAUCUAUGGCCUUAACAAGAAUCUGGGAGGGUCUGAGGUUCAACCACCAUAUUGGAAAAUUUCACCUCAUGGGCUAUAUUCACUCUAA